AUGCCAAGCAACAUUUCCCACUGCCAUGUGGGUGGGGAAAUGGCACCUUUCACCUAUUUUUACUAUUUGAUUUUCCUCGUGGGCUUCAUUGGAAGCUGCUUUGCACUCUGGGCAUUCACACAAAAAGGUCAGAAGCAGAGGUGCAUGAGCAUCUACUUAAUCAACCUCCUGAUGGCGGAUUUCUUGCUGACUCUGGCGCUGCCGGUCAAGAUCGUUGUCGACCUCGGAGUGGCACCCUGGAAACUGACCAUCUUCCACUGUCAAGUCACAGCCUGUUUCAUCUACCUGAACAUGUACUUAUCCAUCAUAUUCCUGGGAUUUGUAAGCAUGGAUCGUUGCCUUCAGCUGACGCACAGCUCCAAGAUCUACCGGGUUCAGGAGCCAGGCUUUGCCAAGGUGCUGUCUGCCGCCGUGUGGGCCAUGGUUCUCCUGGUAACAGUGCCCAACAUGGCCAUCCCCAUCAGAACCAUCAAAGAGAGGCCUGGAGCCACCUGCAUCGAUUUCAAGACCAAAUUUGGCAGGGACUGGCACGUCUUCACCAACUUCAUCUGCACAGCCAUAUUCCUGAACUUCUCAGCCAUGAUCCUGAUCUCCAACUUCCUGGCAGUCAGGCAGCUGUACCGCAACAAGUACAGCGAGGGCUACGUGCACGCCAGGAGGGCCCUGGUCAGCAUCCUGCUGGUGACUGCAGGCUACCUGCUCUGCUUCCUCCCCUACCACAUCGUCCGCAUCCCCUACACCCUCAGCCAAAGCCACACCAUCACCAGCUGCUCUCUCAAGCAAGCUCUUUUCAAGGCCAAGGAAGCUACCCUGCUGUUGGCAGUGUCCAACCUCUGCUUCGACCCCGUCCUGUACUACCACCUCUCCCAAUCCUUCAGACUGAAGGUUACUGAGACUUUUGCAGCAUCCAAGGAGGGAAAGCCUUCCACAGAAGAGGUGCAGGACAGAAGGCUACAGCAGAGGCAGAAGGAAUGGCUGACAGCCAGCUGA